GCUAGCUGACGGGCUGUGCUCAUUGAUAGAAGACGAAAAAACCGCGCGCGCGUGAGCUCGAAGAAAGGAUUUGCAUUUUCACAUUACCGUCGCGAUUGGUUCAGUCAGUGCGCUACCGACUGUCGAAGCUAGCGGACGCGGAACUUCCUCUCCUGUGCGUUCUGUUUCAUACCGGGAAAGGGAGCAUUCAGGAUAUUAGUGCGGUGAUUGGUUUGGAUUAGUGAUUUGAGAAGAAAAUAAAAUCCAAUUGUGACUGAAAAAAUUAAUGCGAAAAAAAUUGUACGAAAACAAAAUCUAUCGAAAAGUGUGAAAGGAUGUUUGAAACUGAAGAUCAAAACCAAAAACCCGUGAAAAUCUAUUGAAAGUAAUGUGAGAGUGUAAAGGGAAAAGAGUGGAUCAGAAAAAAAAAUUAAAAUUAGUGAUCGUGAUUGACAGAAAAUCAAACGACAUUGGAUCCGCUGGCGAGUGUUUUGUAACAAGAAAACAUAAUAAAACCCCGCUCCGCAGCAGUAGAGUACUGUAGAAUCCGAUUGGGAACAAACGACAUCACCGCAGAGAAGUGAUUGUGUCCCCGCAGCAGUUCUGAGCCGCAGACAAUAAAGAUUAAUCGCCGCAGAUUGGAUUAAAGGCGACGAAUAAAAAGGAUCACUGGUUUACCUUUUCUCUGUGUUGGAUUUUUUUUUGAAAAGGUUUCAACAGGAUCCACCCAGGCAAACAUCUUGAAAGCAAUGUCCUCAAGUCACCAGCGGCCAUCACUGCCACCGUCGUCAUCACCAUCAUCAUCAUCAGUGCAACCGUUCUGUAAUGCCUUCAAUAAAGCUUUUAUUUAGGUGACAGGCUAGCCGGGAUCUCGGAUUAAGUGAAACAAAUGUCAAACCGCGUGCUGUUAAUGGAAAAGUGCAAUUGAUCCGGUCAGAUUUGUGUGUGCGUUUUGUGUAACAUUAAGAAAACGUGUGACAAGUUCAGUGCAAGUGAAACAUGGCAUCCCAAGUGUCAACGUUGCCCACGAUAGCGAUAUUUACAUUGUUGUGGUGCUGGUUGUUGCUAUUGAGUGAACAUUUCGAACCGGUUGCAGCGUACAAGAUCUCGACGGGCGAUCCGGAAGUGAUACGGAUAAAUCUCGGAAACAAGCCACUCGUGAAGGAAACGGUUCCUAUGAACUCAAAAUUGCUAGUCAAGUGCAAUUACGAGGCACCGUCAUGGUACAAAAAUGGCAAACCAAUUACGAGCGAUAGCAAACGAGCGAAAUCACUCAAAUUCAACGCCAUCAAGAAAACCGAUGCCGGUUACUAUUCGUGCGGAUCGGAGUUCCGCGAGUGGUCGAACCUAACCCUGUCGGUUUUCAGUCAACACGAGGCCUCCGAUCUCUACCAGAACGAUUCACCAGGCAGUGGCCAGAGACCCGCUAUCUCCAGCAUCACACGUGUUGCCAACUUAGAGAAGAAGUACUUCUUGAUUCCAACGUCAACAGUGAUGUCUUCACCCUCUCCGAGUCCAGAUCCAUUGGAAGCGGUGGAUAAUGAUCUAACCGAAGAACUGCCCAAGUUUGUCGUUGGGAAUAAGGAUGAACCGGCCACCGUAACUCGGAAGGUUGGCGAUAGUUACAAACUGAAGUGUGAAGUGGCAGGUGAACCAAAAUUUCGAAUCAGUUGGAUCAAAGAUGACCAAUUAGUGAACAUAAAAACGGGGAAUAAGUCCAGCCUGCUGCUCCAGUCUUUGGAACCGGAAGAUGCGGGAGCUUAUGUAUGUAGGGUGUGCAAUUUGCAGAAAUGUGUGAAUGCUACAACAAAUGUGGAAGUGAUAGACGAUCCGGAGGAGCCUUUCAUUCGAUAUAACGAUAUGGAAAUCCAUUCACAAGUGUCUAAUAAUGGAGAACCGGACAAUCCGGACUAUGUCGGUGAUGAACACCAUUACACUGAUUACGAGGAAACAGAUGAAGAUACAGAAGCUGACGAAGAUAUAAUUGCAACGGGAUCACAACUGGGAGGUAUCAAUAGGGAAUCUAUCGAGAACCACUCGGCACCACCUGGUGUCAAUGGGGAACUCCCACCAGGAUUGCCGUUCUUCACAAAGCGGGAUCACAUGGUGGGUCUUAUGCCGAAACCUUCUGGCAACAUGGUGCGGCUCCGUUGUCCUGCAGAUGGCAACCCGAUGCCGAACAUCACCUGGACGAAGGACAACGUAAAGAUCACUCGUAGUAUGGGUUCGGUUAAGUACGCCAAGUGGUCCAUUGUGCUGGAAGAUCUGGUCCCAAAGGACUCCGGAGCGUACACGUGCAACGUGUGUAAUAUCCACGGAUGCAUCAGCUUUACCACCAAGCUGGAAGUGAAAGAUCGGUUUCCGGCGCGACCAUACAUAAAGGAAGGAUUCCUGCUCAACACUACCGUACUGGUUAACACCACUGCAACCCUAGAGUGUCGGACGAUAUCGGACCUUGAGCCACACAUUGAGUGGAUCAAGUUCUAUAUUGUCGAUACUGCCAAUCCAAAUAUUCCGGAUAACAUUACCAAGCUAGAGCGUGACUUGGAUAACCCCGAGGUUCUGACACUUGAGAAUGUGACCCACGCCGAUGAGGGAUGGUACUCGUGCGUCGCAUCCAACACCCUUGGAGCAUCGUACGAAAGUGCAUACCUGCGCGUGGUAGACGAAUUCCUGGAUGAUCGUCCAAUUUCCCAUCCCGUGCGGCCACAUUCGACGCUGAUAACGAUCAUGACUACGGUUUUGUCGGGAUGUUUUUUGAUCCUGGCGAUCAUUGUGGUUAUCGUGUGUAAAAAGCUGAAGCGGGAGAAGAUGAAGCAUCGCGCCAUGGAGCACGUGAACCAGUGGACCAAGAAGGUUAUUGUGCUGAAGCAACCGGCUAUUGAGAAUAGCAUCCCCGGUGUAACAGAGUCCAUGCAAAUGCCAAUAGUCCGGAUCGAGAAGCAACGAUCCACACUGGUUCAGAGCGGCAACUGUGAUCCGACCAUGAUUUCCGAGUAUGAGUUCCCGAUCGAUUUGAAUUGGGAGUUUCCACGAAACAAACUGAUCCUCGGUAAAAGCCUCGGUGAAGGAGCUUUCGGUAAGGUUGUUAUGGCUGAAGCGCAGGGAUUGGUGAAAGGACAAGCCUCCACCGUCGUCGCGGUGAAAAUGUUGAAAGAGGGUCACACAGACGCCGACGUCAAGGAUCUCGUCUGUGAAAUGGAAGUCAUGAAGAUGAUCGGCAAACACGUCAACAUCAUCAACUUGCUGGGAUGUUGCUGCAAGGAUGGCCCAUUGUACGUAAUUGUUGAGUAUGCUCCGCACGGCAAUCUGAAGGACUUCCUGCGAAGUCAUCGCUUCGGUACCACCAUGUAUGACGACAUGGUCAGCGGGGAGAAGGAGAAGAAGAUCCUCACGCAGAAGGAACUAAUUUCGUUCGCGUUUCAGAUUGCACGCGGAAUGGAGCACCUGGCGUCGAGGAGGUGCAUACACCGGGACUUGGCAGCGCGUAACGUGCUGGUUAGUGAUGGGUACGUGAUGAAGAUUGCCGAUUUUGGAUUGGCGCGAGAUAUUCACAGCCAAGAGUACUAUCGAAAGACGACAACUGGCAAACUGCCGAUCCGAUGGAUGGCGCCAGAGUCGCUGGAAGAAAAAUUCUACGACUCUCAGAGUGAUGUGUGGUCUUUUGGAGUGCUACUCUGGGAAAUCAUGACGCUUGGAGGUAACCCUUACUCCUCGAUUCCCACCUGGGACAAUCUUCUGGAGCACCUCAAGAAGGGUAAACGACUGGAACAGCCUCCCCUGUGUUCCAUAGAUAUCUAUCUAUUCAUGCGCGAAUGCUGGCACUACCGGCCGGAGGAGCGGCCCACGUUCAGCGAGAUCGUGCAACACCUGGACCGGUUAGUGAGCAUAACCUCCAACGAAGAGUAUCUGGAUCUCGGACUGCCACUGCUGGAAACGCCACCAUCCAGCGAUGACGAGUCGGACGAUAACGACAACGACGGCUGCGAGCGGGUCCGUAUGUAUCCGUUCAACCAUCAUAGUCAUAACACCGAAAGUACCUAUUAAUGAGAGUUAACAAAAAAAUAAACGAAGAAAUUGUGCACGAACAAAAACAAAUAUUCACACGUCCGAGCUCUGUGAGCGGUUUAGGUGUUAAAAAUGUGUGAAAAUUGAUCGAAUUUAUCUUUAGACCUGGAACGAGUUGCUGAGUGCGGUUAGAAUGAACGUAAUGGAUGAAUGAUGAUGGAUGUUUGUUUUACUGUUAAGAUAAAAAUAAAAAAAGCAUAAGACUGUAUUUAUUAAAUUCAUGAUCCAUUCCCCUUCGAAUCACAAAGAAUACUAACCAAAUAGCGAAAACGCAGAAAGCACUUUGAGGGGGAAGUGUAUAAACUAGUCAGGAGGUCCCGCAUCCAUGACGUGAAGAUUCAACGGCCAUACGAAAAUGUGUCCAUAUUUUGCAAUUAAUUGUACAUAGAAACUUGCAAUUUAUCAUUUUAAGAUGACACUAGUUUGUAAGAUGUACUGCUAAUCAAGACCAAAGUGUAUCGAAUCAAAUAUUUAAUUUGAAUGUCAAAAAUUAGAGCAAUACUCAGCUAACUCAUUACAGUAUAUCCUACCUACUUAUAGGUAGGUGGAAUAAACGAACCGUUCUAAUAGUUUAAACCGUCGAGACAAAAUGUAGAGCCAAUUCGAUUAUUAUGUAUGUGAGUAUGUGUGUGGUAGGGAAUUUUAAUCAAUACAUGUUAAAUAGUUUUCGCAAAACUACUCCUGUUGUUCGAAAUAGUUCGAAUUGGGUAAGCAUGAUUAAGAAAAGUGAGAUGUAAACAAUGCAUGACUGUUAAAAAUCGCUACAUUUUUUUCAUCACUGAAAAUUCAUCAUAAACACUGAACAAAGAAACAGUAAUUAUAGAUGUAUGCAUAGUUGUAAAGAUGCAAUAAAACAGUACAAAUUCA